CGAUCAUGAGCUUGAAGCAAAGUAUGAAAUCUAAUGUUAUUUUUGUUCUUCCCAGUUUGAUCUGAACAAGAGAAACACCAUAACGGCCUUCAUUCAUUGCAAUAAGAGGAGUAAAGGCACCUCUUCACCUAAUCUUACCUCUUCCUUGGGACAACAAACUGCGGCCUCUUCCUAGAAAAAGCAUUAAAAAAACUGUAAAAGAUGUCCUUUGUUUUCUCUUUCCCAUUUAAUGGUCUCUGCAGUGUAGAUUGCGGUGUUCUAUGUUUGUGGGAGUCAUUCAAUUCUAGAGCUUCGCUUUUUGACCACUUGGCAACCGCCCAAUCACAAUUCUGCAUACAUCACUAAAAACCCAUUGUGGUUCAUGAAAAAUGAGUUACUUGGGUGUUGGUGUGAGUCCAGGGAAUGUGCCUGUGUACCACGGCACUGUUCUGAAGGUUGUUGAUCGAAGAAUCAGGCUUGUAGAGCUGAUUUUGAGAUGUGUGAUUUGUGGUUUAGGAGUUCUUGCUGCUGUUCUUGUAGGAACUGAUUCUCAAGUCAAAGAGAUCUUGUCAAUCCGAAAGACAGCCAGAUUUACUGACAUGAAAGCUCUUGUGUUUCUGGUGAUAGCCAAUGGAAUAGCUGCAACAUACUCUUUGUUACAAGGUGUCCGCUGUGUUCUAGGGAUGGUUAAAGGAAGCUUGCUGUUCAACAAGCCUCUAGCAUGGGCAAUUUUUUCUGGAGAUCAGUUGAUGGCAUACUUGACGGUGGCAGCAGUGGCGGCAGCUGCACAAUCAGCAGCAUUUGCAAAGAUGGGACAGCCGGAGCUACAGUGGAUGAAGUUAUGUGAUAUGUAUGGGAAAUUCUGCAACCAAGUUGGAGAAGGAAUAGCUUCAGCAGUUUUAGUCAGCCUAAGCAUGGUGGUUCUGUCUUGCAUGUCUGCAUUUAGUCUCUUCCGUUUGUAUGGUGGAAGCAAGUCCAGAAAUGGUGGCAGGUGGUAGGCCAAGCAAAGUGUCAUUGUCACUUGAGGAGCUUAAUUACUCCCAACUUAUGCAUCAAUCUAUAAAUUGUUAAAUAAAUCACCCAUUUCCAAAUACAAAUUACAAUUGCCAUA